AUGCAAUCGGGUUCGCGUUGCCAAUAUCCUUUAUAUGGUAAUUCCCUGGAAAAUAGUUAAAAUAUCAAAGUAAGGAUGAACAUCAUGUUAAAAGAGGAAAAUAUUAAUGUUUUAGAUGAUAAUAAAUCAUUAUAUAGCAAUAUAAAUAUAGAAAAUACUAAUAUACCAAUAAAGCAAGACUUAAAAUUUGCAUUACAAAGUAUAAAGUUAAAAUAAAAGAUUGGCAAUGUUGUAGAUAAAACAGCAGCAAAACGUUAUUAAAAACUAAAAAAAGAAAAUUUUAGGAUGCUUAAUGAUCUUUCAAUCAUUUUGCCAGAAUAAUAGCAUUCAAAAAACCAAACAGACCUUUUUUUAAAUUAAAAAGGCCCCAAUUUUUUAGAAAAACUAAAUAAAUUGUUUCCACCAUUUAACCCAUCUUCAAGAAUAAAGCUUAUUUGGGAUAUAAGUUAAAUGGUUUUAAGUAUUUGCAUCAUAUUUAUAGUUCCUAUACAUCUUGUGUUUCAAAUAGAUUUAAUGUAGUUAGUACCUUCUGUGAUUCCAGAUUCAUCAGGAGAUUAUCAAUACCACAGAUUUAUCAUUUUAUUGAUCUUCUAUAAAGUACUCUAAUUUGAUAAGGUUUUCAAAAGGAUUGAGGAUGAGUUUCCUUUAAGUUCAACUGCAAGUAAUGUGAUUUCGCUAAUAAAGCUGCUUUUUAGUAUAAUUUUGAACUUGCACAUUUCUGCUCUUGCAUGGUUGAUUAUGGGUUUUAUUUAAAUAAAAUAAGGCUGCUAAAAUACAUGGAUGGAUGGCGCAAGUAUAACUAACUCUGGUUGGUAUGUAUAGUAUAUUUAUUCCUACUAUUUUUCUACUGUUACAAUGAUUACUGUUGGAUAUGGAGAUAUCUCUCCAAGGACUGUUGCUGAAAAGGUACUUUGUAUAGUAAAUAUGAUGAUAGCUUGUGGAUAGUUUGCAUACAGUGUGAAUUCAAUAGGAAACAUAUUUGAAAAAUUCUUUAGAUUAGACAAUGAAAUUAAAGCUAAUAUGAAAAUUAUUAAUAGUUAUAUGACUAAUAAAACAAUAUCAAAAGAUUUAUAAUAUUAAGUAAGGGAAUAUUUGGAAUAUUACUGGAAGUAAGAAAAAGCAAGUAACAGUGAAUAAGAGAAUAAAAUUUUGGAAUAAUUGUCUCAUAAAUUGAAAGAAACUUUGCUUAUGGAAGCUAAUAAAGUAGCUCUAAGAGAAAGCCCUAUUUUUAGCACUACUUUUAGUGAGCCAGUGCUAUAAAAAAUACUACCUCUAAUAAAAGAAAUAAGAUGUACUCCAGAAGAGAUCAUAUAUUUGAAAGGUGAAUAAGAUGAUUUAUCCAUCUAUUUUAUUGAAAAAGGUUAAGUUGAGGCAUUUACAUUUUAAAAAGUUCCAUUUAACAAAAAAAUUAAGACUGUAAACUCAUUAUACACCCUUAGCAAUGGGAAAUUUUUUGGAGAAUAUAGUUUCUUCACUGGAGAACCAAGAGAUAUUAAUUUUAGAAGUUUAGAAUUUACAACUUUAUUGGUAAUAAAAAGAGCAGAUUUCAUAAAUCUUUUAAAAGAUUACCCAGACGACUACGAAGUGUUUUGCAUGCUAAGAGAUGAAGCAACUUAUAACAGCUAAAAGAGCUCUAUAAUGAACAAAUGCUAAUGCUGUAACUGCUAUGACCAUUCUUUAUCUGUUUGUCCAAUAAUUCACUUUAUCCCAUAAAAAUUGAACGUAAUUAGAUAAUUUUCAACUGGCAUGGAUUAAAAACGCUAGUAAAUGUUAAGAAUUAAAAGUAAAAAAAGUUAAAAUGCAAUUUACAAUAAUUAUGACGUAUAAGUAAGGAUAGAAGAUUUUGUUAAUGAUUACAUAGAAGAAAUCAAGGCUUAUUUUAGAAAAUAUUUUAUUGAAAUAGGAAGAUUGGAUUCUAACUAAUCAAUUCAAUCUUCAGAUAUUAAUUUUGAAGGCUAUGAAGAUGAAGAAGAUGAUGAUGGAGAGGAUGAAAUUUAAAAUUUAGAUAAAAUUUUUGAAUGUAAUGAUAAAAAAAAUAAGUUUAUAGAGACAGAAGGGGAAGAGAUAUAGAAAUGUUAUUCACUAAAUCAAUGUGAGAAUCAUAGUGAAAAUAAUUCGUAAAUUACUAAAACAGGAAAUUAACAAUAAAAGAUUCCAAUGAAUAACAUUUAAAGGUUCAGUCUUGAAAACUAGAAAAUAAAUUAAGCAAUGAUGAAUAGUUAAACUUUAGCCAAUAAUUAGAGUUUAUAAAUGAUGCUUAGUAGUAUUGACUGUGAUAAGUCUGAAGAAAAUAUAUAAAAUACUAAUACCUUAAUAACUCAAGAUAAGAUAAAUCAGCUUUAAGUUUAAGUAAAAAAGAAUGUUUGCUCUAUGAUUAUGGAGGGAUAAGAAAAUGAAUCAAGUAAUGCAAUAAAAAUAGAUGAAGGGUCCAUUUUUUAAGAAUCACCAGAAUAGAAUAUACUCAAUUUAAAUAGGAAAUAAGCAACAAGGAAAAAAACAAGAUAAACAUCUCUCAACUCUUAAAAACUUUAAAGACUAUAAAACCAAAAAUAAAAUACUGCAAAUCAGUAACUUAAUAACAAAAAAUAAAAUACUCAGUUAUGCAGUUAAGCUCAUUUAAAUUAGAUAAUCAAUUUUAUAAAAGAUUUAAAUAUCGAUAUGGAUGCAGCACUUGUUGAAAUGCAGAAAUAUAAUAUUAUAAAAACUAAUAUUUUAAAUAACCGUAGAUAAAAUCGAGAGGCCUCAUAUAUGAAUUUUAAGCCAAAAUAUUAAGGAUAAAAUUUUGUGAAUCAUCAAAAAAAUUCUUAAUAUUCUAAAUAAACUGAUAAUGGUUGUUAAUCCUUUAUGAGUAUAGCAGUAAAUUAUGAAUCAAUAGAUGAUGUCUUAAGAAAUUAUAAGCUAUACUAUCCCUAACAUAACAUCUCUAAUAUUAUAGACAAUAUUUUAGAUAAAAGAAGGUAUUUUCAUACUAUAUCAAAUUUUAAUAUCUUUAAAAAUAAUUUUUUGUUUUAAAAUACGAUAAAAUAUUCUUGA